UAGAAGUGCGCCGCCCUGGCACCUGCGCGGCACAUCGCAGCUGGCUCGGUGGAAAGAAAUAGGACCGGGUCCGCCGUGGACCCGUGGGCGGCGCGCGCCAUCGCAACGGGAUGUGCAGAUGGAGGCCGGAGGAGACUCUGCUGCCGCUGCCGCGGCCCCCGGGGGGCGCGCGGAGGACUUGGGGGACACGCGGCUCCCCAGUGAGGAGACUGGAGACGGGGACGGAGGGGUCCUCGCCGGCCCGCGGAGCCCUGGAGAUGGAGACCUGGAUGGCGCAGAAGCCAAGGCCGCAGAACAACCGGCCAGCCCUCCUUCACCACUGCCCACUUCUGAGUGCCCGUCAAGCACAGGUGAGGGCUGGAGUCCUGCAGCCAGCGAAAGGAUCCCCCGUCAUGGCCUUGAGAGUGGCCCUGGGGCCCAGGGUGGCGACCCCAGCGAUGAGGACUGGCGCAGCCAGCGCAAGCAUGUUUUUGUCCUGAGCGAGGCUGGCAAGCCCAUCUACUCACGGUACGGGAGCGUGGAGGCGCUGUCGGCUACCAUGGGAGUGAUGACAGCGCUCGUGUCCUUCGUGCAGAGUGCGGGAGAUGCCAUCCGUGCCAUCUAUGCUGAGGACCACAAGCUGGUGUUCCUGCAGCAGGGCCCACUGCUUCUGGUGGCUGUGUCCCGGACUCCUCAGUCGGCAGCCCAGCUGCGGGGAGAGCUGCUGGCCGUGCACGCCCAGAUUGUGAGCACCUUGACACGUGCGAGUGUGGCUCGCAUCUUUGCACACAAACAGAACUACGACCUUCGCCGCCUGCUGGCUGGCUCCGAGCGCACACUGGACCGGCUUCUGGACAGCGUGGAGCGGGACCCAGGGGCCUUGCUUCUGGGUGCUGUGCGCUGCGUGCCCCUGGCUCGCCCGCUGCGGGAAGCCCUGGGUGCACUACUCCGCCGCUGUAUAGCACCCGGCCUGGCGCUGUCCGUGCUGGCAGUAGGCGGCCGGCUGGUGACGGCAGCCCAGGAGCGGAACGUGCUAGCAGAAUGCCGGUUGGACCCUGCCGACUUGCAGCUGCUACUGGACUGGGUGGGCGCCCCAGCCUUUGCAGCCGGUGAGGCCUGGGCCCCUGUGUGCCUGCCCCGCUUUAACCCCGAUGGUUUCUUCUACGCCUACGUGGCCCGCCUGGAUGCCGUGCCCGUCUGCCUGCUGCUGCUCGGCACCCACCGUGAAGCCUUCCAUGCCAUGGCCGCCUGCCGGCGCUUGGUUGAAGAUGGGCUGCAGACCCUUGGUGCCCAGCAUGCCCUUGGGGAGGCUGCCAGCUUCUCUAACACCCCAUCAGCCAGCGCACCUGCCUACAGUGUGCAAGCUGUGGGGGCCCCCGGCUUGCGACACUUCCUCUAUAAACCAUUGGACAUCCCUGACCACCACCGCCAGCUGCCCCAGUUCACCAGCCCCGAGCUGGAGGCCCCGUACUGCAGAGAGGAGGAGCGGCAGCGGCUUUCGGACCUGUACCACCGCCUGCACGCUCGCCUCCACAGCACCUCCCGACCCCUGCGCCUCAUUUACCACGUGGCCGAGAAGGAGACACUGCUGGCCUGGGGGACCUCCAAAUUUGAGCUCUACACCUGCCUCAGCCCCCUGGUGACCAAGGCAGGUGCCAUCCUGGUAGUGACCAAACUCCUGCGCUGGCUGAAGAAAGAAGAAGAUCGCCUCUUCAUCCGUUACCCGCCCAAGUACUCCACACCCCCAGCCACCUCCACGGACCAAGCUUCCCACAAUGGCUUGUUCACUGGACUCUGAAACAGGAUGCUCACAGACAAGGCUGGGAGUGACCACCGGUGGCUUUUGCCUUCUGGGUCUGUGCUACAAAGGUGGGAGGGGUGUGUGUCUGUGGUCAG